AUGGCAGAACGGAUGAAAAUGUUUCCUCCACCCCCUCCGCCUCACUGGGCUGUCGACAUGAACUCUCCCGCACCCGGCAGAGCAUCAAAGUCUGCCUCCUUCCCCGACCCUCCAGGCUACUCGGCCCCCAAGUCAGCCUCAAAGCAACGCACUCAGCCAUCUCCCAGUACAUCCUCAGCCCCCCGCAAGACCGAGACUGAUGCCCUUAAAUUGAAGAAAGCAUGGGAACUUGCCCUGGCCCCUGCCAAACAGCUACCCAUGAACGCUAUAAUGAUGUACAUGUCCGGCAACAGCUUGCAGAUAUUCAGUAUCAUGAUGGUUUUUAUGCUUUUCAAGGGACCGAUUACCGGCAUUAUAGGUACAAAUGCUGCCUUCGCUAAACUAGAGUCGGAGAGUAUUCGGGGGCAGAUGGUGGCUGUCAAGAUCGUUUACGUGGCUAUGCAGUGUGUAUUGUUGGCAUUGGGCAUAUGGAAGGUUAAUGGGAUGGGAUUGUUGCCGACGACGAGAUCAGACUGGUUGGCAUGGGAGACAGAGCGAACCCCGCUGGAACGGGCAUAUUUCGCGUUUAAAUGA